ACACAAAGAAUAUGCCAAGUCAGGCCAGAGAGCGACGGCUCAUCACCUCCGUCUCACCCAACCCAACCAGAAUGACAAAUUCACAACACCCUAACCCGUCCAAGCAAGCAACAGAAUUCCUACACCCUUCGGUUCUGCUCUGUAUCUGUAAUUCUAUAUAUCAUCCUAUCUUCGUCUCGGGCGAGCUUCAGCUGCACCGAUCAACGAUGGGAAUGGAGUAUGAUGCUUCAUCCACGACGGCGUCCUCCAUGUUCCCGCCUUUCCUUGCCAUCUUCGCGGCGGUCUACCUCCUCGGCUACUUCGUGGUCUUCCGGCGCUGGAGCCCGCAGCAGCGGCCGGACGCGUCCAGCUGCCUCACCUCGCUCCUCCACGGCACGCCGGCGACGCUGCUCGCGCUGCGCGCCGUGCUGUCUAGCCCGGGGGCCGGCGACCUCGCGGCGCCCAACGCGCCUUCCGACGACCUUGUCCUCGACUUCAGCACCGCCUACUUCGUCGUCGACCUCCUCCACUACCUCGUCUUCCUGCCCCACGAGGCCCUCUUCGUGGCGCACCACCUCGCCACGCUCUACGUCUUCGCCACCUGCCGCGCUGCCGUGCGUCGUGGCGCCUACGGGCUGCUCGCGCUGGAGGUGCUCGCCGAGGCCACCAGCGUCGCGCAGAACUUGUGGACGCUGGCCGGCAUGCGACGCGCUGACUCCCCGCUGGCCGCCAGGGCGCACGCCGCGCUGUCGCUCCCGUUCUACGCGGCUUACACGGCCAUGAGGGCGGUCCUCGGGCCGGUCUGGUUCGUGCGGAUGGUGAGAUUCUACGCCGCCGGAGCCGGCGACGGUGCUCUGCCGACGUGGGCGUGGGCGUCGUGGAGCGUGGUGAUUGGGUCCGCGAUACUGGUGAGCGUGCUGUGGGUGGGUAACCUGUGGUUCGCCUACUUCAGACAAAGAAUGGGGAGCAGCAAGAAGGAACAAUGAUGGGCUCCUUAAUUUAAUGAUUUUCUCAUAGGGUGUUUGGUUUGCUGAAAUGUUAAAAAAUUGAUGCAAGAUUCUAAGAUUUCACGUCAUAAUUCUCAUGUGAAAACAUAUAAGUUUGCCAUGUUCUUGUAGGAGAUUUGCCAUCCUCUAAAGCGAAAAUUGUCAUGUUGUAAAAGAAAUGACAGAAAUUUGCCAA